GCCUUAUCUCCCUUACGACUGUUACGUUAUCGCCUUGCGACAUCAAACUAAAGAAGAUACUAUACUGAGUGAAACCCUGGAGACACGGAGAAAACAAAAAGGGACCGCACAACACAAAGAAGAUAAGUUUAGCAGACACUCCCUUGAUCAGUGUUGAAACAACGUUACUGCUGCUCAAUUUAGCCGCUGCAUGGUUGCACUGCCAACUUGUUAAUUCCAGCUCAUUACGCGCCAAGUGACACAAAGCGUUAACGUUCAAGGUCACGAACACCGUCUGCCAGCAUGGACUUCCCCUUACUUACUUCCUCCUUUCCCGCAAUCAUCGCACUCGUUUACUGCUUCGCGACUUUACCCGAAGGCAUGCAAGCAUGUGCAUCGCAGGAAACACACACAGCUCCCCCACGUAGGCUUUCCAGCAACCUGUUGGGAAUGGCAACAAGGUGGCUACUUCUAACGUGUUGCAGUGUAGUGCUUGCCGGUGACUUUACGUUGACAGUGCUCCACACGAACGAUGUGCAUUCGCAUUUUCUGGAAACUAGCCCAUCUGGGGGACGAUGCAAGCAAGAAAAGAAGGAAACCUGCGUCGGAGGCGUCGCACGACACUUGGCUCUGGUGCGAAAGAUGAAGGCUUCUAAUCCUAACACACUUUUCUUGAAUGCCGGAGACUACUUCCAAGGAACAGCCUGGUACACGCUGCUCAAGUACAGACCCGUUGCCGAUGUAGUGCAACUCCUUGCUCACGACGCUAUGUGCUUAGGAAAUCACGAAUUCGACGACGGUCCAGGAGGUCUGGAACCUUUCCUCAAAGCUCUUAAAGACAAGGUCCCAGUUCUGGCGGCUAACGCAGACUUUUCCGCCGACGAAAUACUUAAAGAUCGACAGGUGAACAGAUCAGUUACACUUGUGGUUGGCAGUCAUCAUGUAGGCAUCGUCGGAGCGGUUACGAAAAAUACAGAGCACGUUUCUAAUGUGGGUGGUGUGACAUUCACCGACGAAUUGGAAGCUAUCAGAAAGGAAGCGCAAAGGCUGAAGAAGAGCGGUGUCAACAUCGUGAUUGCUGUGACGCAUUGCGGCUACGCAAAGGAACAGCAGAUCGCGAAAGAAGUUCCAGAAGUCAGUCUCAUAGUCGGAGGGCAUUCGCACACGUUCCUCUUUUCUGGAAGCGAUUAUCCUGCGGAGGACACUCCUCAGGGUCCCUACCCUACUGUGGUGAAUCGCGUGGAUGGAACGAAGGGCCUAGUAGUGCAAGCAUACUGGUUCGGAAAAUACAUGGGCCUCCUCAACGUCACCUAUGACGAGAAUGGAAAUAUCCUGAAGUGGUCCGGUCGCCCGCUUCUCUUGGAUCAUACUUAUCCCAAAGAUCCCGAAAUGGAGAGACUGCUGGACAAAUACGAAACACGCGUGACGGAAGAAGGGAGCAAGGAUGUUGGAAGCUCGAGGGUACUUUUGGAUGGUCGCGCCUGUCGGGACGGUGAAUGCAACAUGGGUAACCUCAUCACUGAUGCUCUUUUCGACUACUACUCCAACAGAAAGACUCGGUCAAACUCGACAUGGUCGGACGUCAACGGUGCUAUGAUCGUUGGAGGCACUAUUCGAGGCUCCAUCUCACAAACAGAUCACGUUAUCAUGGAGGACCUUCUGACUGUGAUGCCUUACGGGAAUACGAUUUCCAUAAUCACCCUAGAUGGCGACCUCCUCAAACGUGUCUUCGAGCAUUCCAUUCGAAGAUUCAACUUCAAGAACCAUCCCGGAGAGUUCCUGCAAGUGUCAGGGCUUCACGUAAAGUACGACAUGUCCAAACCCCCCCUGGAACGUGUUAGCUCACUGGAAGCUAUUUGCACGAACUGCACUGUUCCACGUUACGAAGCUGUCGUGCCUGACAAAUGGUACAGGGUUGUGACGUACCUCUUCACUGCUCGAGGUGGAGAUGGGUUCAAUUUCAGCAAAGCUGUGGCUAUCGAGAAUCUUGGUGACCUAGACUUGGAUGUAUUCCGGAAAUACCUGACGAAGAUAUCUCCAAUCAAGGCAAAGGUGGAAGGGCGCAUUAUUAUUAGUGAAGGGACGGUGCUUCCUGGUAGAUCGUCAUCGGCGUGCCCACAUGGACUAUCAUCGUAUGCGUUGGCUAUCGCAGCCGUCUGGUCGCUUCGGCGGUGACCAGGUGACCAGCCGAACGCUGUCCAGACGACAGACAUGGGCUGUGUUUCAAGUCAGCAGCUCACAAGUCAGAUCAUCAAUAGGUCAUCGUCACGGACAAUGUUUCUCAAUGAAUAACGAACUGAUCACGUGCAUUCUUCUAGGCCUACAGUUGCUUAUGGCUUGGAAGGUUGUUACACAGUCGCAGAACUUCACCGCAUAAGGCGCUCAUACACUCUUAGAUCUUCACCGCAUACCAGGCUCCUAGCCAACCGUCAUUACGGAUGUCAUCUUUCUCUCCCCUGAUUUGUUGAAAACGAGAGGCCUACGCCUUUUUGUGGUACUUGUGUAGUUAUGAUAAUUGUUACGAAAAGGCGUACGCCACGUGCUCCCCACGAAUCAGGAGUAAUAAGGGUAUCAUUCCGUGCAUUGGUUGGCCUUCAGCGUGCUAUAUUGUAAAGUACCCAUACACUCUAAAAACAGAGCUUCACCGCAUAGCACGCUGUGCGCCAUUGCCACGAGUGAUAGGGUUAUCGCUUCUGAUUCGAGGCGAGAGAGGGGCGUACACCUUUUUGUGGCAAUUACCAUAUACCUAAAUUGCCACAAAAAGGCGUGCGCCUCUCUCUCUCCUCGAAUCAAAAGCGAUAACCCUAUCAUCCUCGGCAAUGGUUGGCGCAGAGCGUGCUAUCUGCGGUGAAGUUCUGUUUUUAGCCCGAACGACAUCUACUUCUGGAGAACGGGAAACGUACCGUCUCUUUUGUGACGCUUAUGCGGUUGUAGUAGUUGUCACAAAAAAAGUGUGCCUCCGUGCUUUCCACAAAUCAAGAGUGAUAACAAUUCUCUGCAAUGGUUGGCGUUCAACGAGUGACAACAACUCCCUGCACAUGGUUGGCGUUCAACGAGUUUAUGUGGUGAAGUUCUGCUUUUAGAGUGCAUGCUGGAAGGAUGAAAACCAGAAAUGCCCUGGUCAACGUUAUGACGUCAUCGCUAGUUUUCUGGUAUUGAUUUUAUUACUAUCUUUCAAGGUUUCA